CAAUGAGAAUGGGAUGAUUCGUGAGUGCGUCCGUGUCUUGACAGCAUGCAUGAGCGUGCACGUGAUUCAAGACAGAGGCACUUGAUUAAUUCGGACACGAAAUAAUCGAUCCCCUACAGAAUCAUCUCCUGGCUGACGCGAAUACAAAACGCAGCGCACUAGACACCCUGUCCACCAUCCCAUUCAUAACAACCCCCGAUUUUCUAACGACAGUGACAAGCCGAAAGGCCUCAUCUCUCCACACAAUCGAGACAUGAAACCGAUCCGCCUCUUCUCUUAUAGCCUGUCGCACCUGCUGCUGCAGAUCGGCGUAGCUGACUUGAGAAAUACCAUAGCCCCGGCGAGAAAGAUAGCCGUUGAGCAGACGACUGACGCGGUUUCUGAGCGGCUGCUCGCCAAUGGGGAGGGAGACGUCGGCGAGGAACAGCGCGACUUGCUGCGUGACCUCAUUCGGAAGGUCCCUGCCGACCAGUGCAUAGCAGUGCGCAGGAAGAGAGAUGUCUAGCAAGGCGGCAAAUGUCUUGACGGCAAUGCUGAGUUGCACAGGCAGGUCGUCACGCAGAUACUCAGCGUAUGCGCCGAGCAGCCGCCGGUUAGUUUCUCCCCGCUGGCAAUUGUCGGGUCUCACUGCCGCCGCCGAGAGCGAUGCCCCGCUGCGGAAGAGCAGCCGAAGCACAGCCGGGGAGCACCCAUUGCAAGCGGCAAGAUAUACAGGGGCUCUCGCACAGGGAAGCCGCCGGUUGACAAUGCGCUGUCCGGCCUUGUGGAUGAGAAACGCGACAAGCUCCAGCUGGUCGGAGGGAUCGUCGAGCGGCCAAAUGCAGAACCAGGUCAGGGCAGAUUCAAGUGGCUGCACGACAUGACCCUCCCGGCUCCGGAAAAAAGUCUCCGUGAUAAGCCCCACUCCGCCGAUCUUCACCAGUUUCUUCACCAUCGCCAGCUUCUCAGCAGACGACACUCGUCCGUGACGGGCAUGACACGCCACGGUCUCCAGCAGAGACUGUCCUGUGAGCUCCACCCUAAGAUGCCCCUUGGCGACCUGUCCCAGCAGCAGGUUUGCCACGUCAUAACGGCCAAGCUCAAUCACCGCGUGGAUAGGAUUUGCUACUCCGACCCGCUGAUAGUCCAGAUGGGCGCCCCUCUCGAGAAGCAUGCUGAUGAUGGCCACCGUGUCAUCCGUCCAAUGCCGCCAGAUGGCCAAGAGAACGAGGGUGUAGGAUGACGCGACCGCUCCCUGGCCGAGCAGCUCCGCGGCUCGCUCCUUGGUCAAAGUGCCGUCAGCAAGACCGCCGGCGAGCUCACGAGUGGCGGCAUUGGCGUGAGGAGGGAGGCAGAGGGAGGGGCUGACGUAUGGGAAAGUGGCGGGACGUUGGAUGGCACCGUCAGGGGUAGAGGGACGAGAGCGAGAGCACAGGCCUGGUGGAUAACAUGACACGCACCGACACGCGGAGACAGCAAACAUCAUUGUAUUGCCGGAUCCCGGUGCCAACAUUAGGCUGUGCGGUUCACCUCCCAUGGUGACGUGAUCUCUCCGCCUCAGCACAAAAGAAAACAGCGCCUGUGUCACACGGAAGGCAGCAGAUGAGUGUCCACCACUCUUAAUAUGCGGCUGUGUGUGUGCUGGCAGUCACACACGUGGCCAUGCUCACUUUGAGUAGGGGAGGUGGUUGAGUCGGCGAAAUAGCGCCCCGAGCAUAACAUUGCAUCCGCUGUCAUCGAUGACGCCUGCAGACACACACACAUCACACUGAUCCAUUUUGUCCAUUCCAGUGCGUCGAUCUUUACCUGUGUGCUGCCACGCAUCAUGGCGAUGAAUCAUCAACGAGCUGGACGCCCUCUCCAUCCCAGAUCCGCCUCUCCAAGCUGCAGCGGUUU